GCAGCGUCUGUCCCUACUGCAGAGCCGCUGUCCGUAGAGCGAGUUAAAGGGUCCGCGCGCCGCCGCCCCCUCGGCCCGCCAUGCUGCUACCCGUGUCACUUGUGCUCGGCCUCCUUGGCCUUGCUGUGGCCGAACCAGUCGUCUACUUCAAAGAGCAGUUUUUGGACGGAGAUGGCUGGACCAACCGCUGGGUGGAAUCCAAACACAAGUCGGACUAUGGCAAAUUUGCCCUCAGUUCCGGCAAGUUCUACGGCGACCAGGAGAAAGAUAAAGGACUGCAGACGAGCCAGGACGCCCGCUUCUACGCCCUGUCUGCUCGCUUUGACUCCUUCAGCAACAAGGGCAAGACCCUGGUGAUCCAGUUCACUGUGAAGCACGAGCAGAACAUCGACUGUGGGGGCGGCUACGUGAAGCUGUUUCCGCAGGACGUGAACCAGAAGGACAUGCACGGGGACUCCGAGUACAACAUCAUGUUUGGUCCCGACAUCUGUGGCCCCGGCACCAAGAAGGUGCAUGUCAUCUUCAACUAUAAGGGCAAGAACGUGAUGAUCAACAAGGACAUCCGCUGCAAGGAUGAUGAGUUCACGCACUUGUACACGCUGAUCGUGCGGCCUGAUAACACCUAUGAGGUGAAGAUCGACAACAACCGCGUGGAGUCGGGCUCCCUGGAGGACGAUUGGGAUUUCCUCCCCCCCAAGAAGAUCAAGGACCCCGACGCUGCUAAACCCGAGGACUGGGACGAGCGCGCCAAGAUUGACGAUCCCACAGACUCCAAGCCAGAGGACUGGGACAAACCCGAGCACAUCCCUGACCCCGACGCCAAGAAGCCAGAGGACUGGGACGAAGAGAUGGAUGGCGAGUGGGAGCCACCGGUGAUCCAGAACCCUGAGUACAAGGGCGAGUGGAAGCCCCGCCAGAUCGACAAUCCAGAUUAUAAGGGUGUUUGGAUCCACCCAGAGAUCGACAACCCAGAGUACGCCCCCGACAGCAGCAUCUAUGCCUUCGACAGCUUUGGGGUGCUAGGUCUGGACCUCUGGCAGGUCAAGUCUGGCACCAUCUUCGACAACUUUCUCAUCACCAACGAUGAGCAGUAUGCUACUGAUUUCGGGGCUGACACGUGGGGUGCCACGAAGGAAGCCGAAAAGCAAAUGAAGGAAAAGCAGGACGAGGAGCAGAGGCUGAAGGAGGAGGAGGAGGACAAGAAGCGGGAGGCGGAAGAGGCGGAGAAGGAUGAUGACGAUGACAAGGACGACGAUGACGAUGAUGACAAGGAGGAGGAAGAAGAGGAGGAGGAAGACGCCGCGGGCCAGGCCAAGGACGAGCUGUAGGGGCCACACUCUGCCUCCAAGGCUGGACUGAGGCCUGAGCACUCCGCCGUGAGCAAACAGCGCCGAAUAAUGUCUCUAUGAGACUGGAGAACUUUCAUUUUUUUCCAGGCGGGUUCUGAUUUGGGGUGGAUUUUGGUUUAAUGCAUCCCCCCCUUCCUGUCCCUUUUUUUUUUUUUUAAUUUUUUUUUUUACUGGUAUUUUGUCUCUGGCCCUCUUCAGCCAGUCGCCUCUGACCCACCUCUUUCUUGAGUGACAUCUCCGGCUUCCUUUGUUCUCCCAGAUCUUUCACUCCCUUUCAGCCUGGGGGCGCAGAGGGUGUGGAGAAAGCCCCAGGGCCAAUUUUGGAAUUCAGCGGAGGGCAGGAAAAGAGGGUGGUAUCCCCAGCGCGCCUUCCCCCAGCACUGAGGAAGAAUAAUGGGGUUCCUAGGGCCCAAGCUCUGAUCUUCCCACUUUCCCCUCCCUUUGACCCCCAACCCCAGGACUGGGUUACUUCUGGGUGGGACAGUGGCUUCCAACUCGGCUCACACUGAGAAUGUAAGAACUACAAACAAAAUUUCUAUUAAAUUAAGUUUUGUGUCUUC